AUGCUUUCUCCUCGCUGCGUCUUCUCCACGUCCUCCUCCAUGAGACUGCGCCCUCGCGCGCGCAAUGCGAGAUUGCCGCGCCCGCGUUGCACGAGGAAGCUCUACGAGUUCCCGGCGGUAACCAAGGUUCCGAGUCCUGAGGAGGCGCCGAGUCCUGAGGAGUCUGAGUGCGAGGAGGACGCUGAUUCGGAUGCGGCCUUCCACGCAUGGGAUAACACGGCCGCCCAGCGAGAGAGGGCAAAUUUCUAUUUGAAAAAGGCUGCUCUCAACCGUCUGUGUGAGGCUUUGCACCGUGAUGGGGAGGAGGACUCGGGCGUCCAGAUACAUCGAGGAUGGUGUCGGUUGGCCAAGAUGAAGAUGCACCGUAUUGCAGGGUGGUGCUUCGGACAUUGGCGGUGCUUGACAUUCUACUCAAGUGGUGCUCAACGGUUGAUGGAACAACGCUUGCAGAGCCACAUUAGGAACCUUCGUGUAACCUUUUGGCCUUAA